GACCGCUAUUCUCAGACCUCCAGAGCAGAACAACUGUGUCCUUAUCAGAAGGACUGAGAGCAGCGACGAGGACGCACACUUCUACUGCAGGCACGUCUGGAUGUACAUUUCUGUCCCGGAGGAAAAAGACACUUCCACUGUGAGGCGACUGCAGAGGGGCAGAUUCUCAAAGUGGCAUGUUGAGGCUGUCUGGAGCAACGCAUCAGCCGCACCGGGACGACAACAUGAAGGUGACAGCGCUGCUCAUCGUUUGCUCCUGUCUGAUGUCGGGGAGUUUGGGGAAGCCGCAAUUCCCUGAACAAGAGAAGGAUCCAAAGUUUUGGAAUAUGUGGGCUCAGCAGACUCUGAAGAACGCUCUGACGCUGCAAAGUCUCAACACGAACAAAGCGAAGAAUCUGAUCCUCUUCCUUGGAGAUGGGAUGGGCGUUCCCACGGUGACAGCUGCUCGAAUACUGAAGGGUCAGCUGAACGGCCAGAGUGGAGAAGAGACGCAGCUGGAGAUGGACAAGUUCCCCUUUGUGUCUUUGGCCAAGACGUACAACACUAACGCACAGGUGCCAGACAGCGCCGGCACCGCCACAGCUUACCUCUGCGGGGUCAAGGCCAACGAGGGCACGGUGGGCGUCAGCGCAGCCGCCGUCCGGUCCCAGUGUAACACCACGGAGGGCAACGAGGUCACCUCCAUCCUCCGAUGGGCUAAGGAAGCAGGCAAGUCAGUGGGAAUAGUGACGACGACCCGAGUCAACCAUGCGACUCCCAGUGCUGCUUACGCCCACAGCGUGGACAGAGACUGGUACUCCGACAAUGAGAUGCCAGCUGAUGCACUGAAGGACGGCUGCAAAGAUAUCGCCAGACAACUCUUUGAAAACAUUCCCAACAUUGAUGUGAUUAUGGGUGGGGGGAGGAAGUAUAUGUUCCCCAAAAACAUGUCGGAUGUAGAGUUCCCCGGCGUCGCGAAGCACAGUGGCACACGAAAAGACGGAAGAAACCUGGUGCAGGAGUGGAUUGACAAAAUGAAGGAUAAAAGAGGUCAUUAUGUAUGGAACAAGAAGCAGCUCUUAUCACUGAACCCUAACAGCGUGGAUUACUUAUUGGGUCUCUUUGAACCUGCGGAUUUGACGUACAACUUGGAGAGGAACAUCGACACCGAUCCAUCGCUGACAGAGAUGGUGGACGUGGCCAUCAAGAUCCUGAAGAGGAACCCAAGAGGAUUUUACCUGCUAGUCGAAGGUGGACGUAUUGAUCACGGACACCACGAGGGCAAGGCCAAGCAGGCUCUUCAUGAAGCUGUGGAAAUGGACAGAGCCAUCGGCCUGGCACACCUCAUGACCAGCGUCCAUGACACUCUGACUAUAGUCACUGCUGAUCAUUCUCAUGUGUUCAACUUCGGGGGCUACACAUUCAGAGGAAACACAAUAUUUGGUCUGGCCCCGAUGCUGAGCGACGUUGACCAGAAGCCCUUCACCUCCAUUGUUUAUGGGAACGGACCAGGUUACAAAAUUGUUAACGGCGGGAGGGAGAAUGUCUCCACUGUUGACUACCAUGAAAACAACUACCAAGCCCAGGCAGCUGUACCUCUGAGCAUGGAGACUCAUGGAGGAGAAGACGUGGCUGUGUUUGCUAAAGGUCCCAUGGCUCACCUGCUGCAUGGGGUCCACGAGCAGAACUACAUCCCCCACGUGAUGGCGUAUGCAGCCUGUAUCGGCCAGAACAGAGAGCACUGUGACUUAAUCGGCGGGUCUGCAGCUUUACGCCCCGUCCUCUCCAGCAUGGCAGCCAUCCUCACAGUCACCCGGAUUCUGUGCUGACCUCCCUACUGAUAGUCCUCAACCUGUUAAUAACCCCGUUUUAACCACUCAUACAAUUCAAUUUUCAAUAUUUUCUAAUUUUACUCUAUGCUAUUUUGAUCAUAGUACCACUGUUUCUGUUUUUGUUAAGAUAAAUAAUUAAGAAAAGCAUAGGGGUAUCAUUUUUAGGCAGUUCAGGCAAAUAUGUCAAAUGAUACGAUAUAAUUGAUCUCCCCUUGAUGCACUGAAAUGAAAAGUGGUGUUGCAGAGAUCACCACAAAAUCAGAGAUCUCAGAUGUGAUUUGUCUCUUGAGUAGUUGUUUAUUGUUAAGAGUUUUAGGACCCAUUAGGACCCCUUUGUAAAAUGCAAAACCCUUUAGGUUAGAUUGAAUUUGCAAAUGUUUGAAUAUGUUUCAUAUUUUAAAUGUGCAGUUAACAUAAUCUACCUCAUAAACUUGCAAAAGAUCUCUCAUGUAAUUAUUGUGCGUUCAGAAGGGCACAUUUCGAUGGACAAAAUUUGAUGCCGGAAUCAGAAUGACUGAAUGUAUAAUUGACAAAAGAGUUAAAGGAAUAUAUAUUUCUUGUGCAUAAUAAACAGAAAAAGCCCACCUGCCAUUGUUGUGUCCAAUAACAGAAGUUGUAAAACCUCUUAACCAAUAAAAUAAAUGUUUUCUGAUCA